GUCACCAACAUCUGUAACCUUAACAACAACCACAAAACAUCCAGUCUUUAAACCGUCACCAAUCAAAACAUCUAAAUAGAUAAGUUUAUGUUAGCGUAGUUUAGUUGUGUUAAAUUUUACACUUAGACAAUUUUAUUUUAUUUUUUUUUUAAAUACAAAGAACAGUAUUUUUUUUUGUAAACCUUCUUCCAAUAUGUUGCGUUCUCCUCAAGAAAAAGGUGCUGGGGAUAGACUUGGUAGGUCUCUGAUUGAUAUUGAAGAUCCCUGUGAGGUGUCACAAGAUAAUAUACGUAAUCCGUAUGACAGGUCUGAAAUUUGUGCUACUUCGGUAAAAUUACCACAAUUUUGGUCUAACUGUCCUGAAGCACGCUUCGUGCAUGCCGAGAUGCAAUUUGCUACAAAGGGAAUUAGUAGGGAUUCGACCAAGUACGAGUUCGUUAUAACUGCCUUGCCUCAAGAAGUUAUUGCGAAUGUACUUGAUGUUAUACAAAAAAAAGUUCUCAUUGACCGACAUUCUUUAAGCGAGCAGAGAAGACUUGAUAAAAUUUUGUCAGAUACUGAGAUAGGGGAUCGCAGACCUUCCGAGUAUUAUAGGACCCUUGGUCAGUUAGCGGGUAGCACUAUAGACCCGAUUUUCUUAAAAAAUAUUUGGUUGCGGAAACUACCUAAAAGUUUGUAUGUUGCAUUAACCAGCGCUAAUUUAAAUAAUAUUAAUGAUCUCUUGCAACUCGCAGAUAAAAUUUGGGAAAUUACCAGUGGUAGUGAAAUUUGUGCUGUUAAAAGUAAAGUACUUACUUCUUCAAAUAAUUUUGAUGACUUAGGGAAAAUUGUGGAAGAUUUAGCGAAGGUUACGACGAAAAUGUGUGAAAGUUUUAAUCGUUUGCAGUUGGACAUUAAUGAGAUUAAAACGCAAAUAUAUGAUAGACCAUCACGAUCAAGAAGGAGGUAUUUUAGUAAUAAUAAAAAUUCCCAGUCACGUAGUAAGUCUCAAUCUAAAAAUUGGGUCUGUCGGUACCAUUUCCGUUUUGGUAGUAAAGCACGUAAGUGUGAAGAACCGUGUGCCUUUAAAAGAAAUAAUUCUGACUCGACAAACUAGGACAUGCUGUUGUUGCAGCGACUAACAAUGGCAAUUUGAAAUUUUCAACACGUCGCUUAUUUGUAUUAGACAAAGAAAGUAAGCUUAAAUUUUUAAUAGACAGUGGUGCCGAAAUUUCAGUUCUUCCUUCCUCCAAAUUCAAAAUUCACAAACGAUCUUCCGACAUUAUUUUAACUGCUGCAAAUGGCAGUAUGAUUUCGACCUAUGGAAAGAAAUUAUUAAAUGUUAAUUUGGGACUUCGUCGGGAAUUUCCGUUUGUAUUUCUUAUUGCUGACAUUUCUAAACCCAUCAUUGGGGCAGAUUUUUUAGGGAAGUAUGGACUCUUAAUAGAUAUUAAAAAUAAGAGGUUAAUAGAUCCCUUAACUAACUUGUCUGUCGACGCAAUAUCUGCGUUUUGUAAUAUCUCUUUGCCAAAAAUAUUUUCGGUUGAAAACCAAUAUACAAAGCUUAUAAAGAAUUUUCCUUCAUUAAUUUCUGAACCAGAUUAUAACAAAAAAGUUGAGCAUUCGACAGUUCAUCAUAUCAUAACAAAUGGAGUAUUACCAUUCUGUAGCCCGAGACGCUUAGAUCCAAUCAAAUACAAAAUAGCAAAGGCUGAAUUCGAUUUUUUACUGAAAUCCGGGAUAUGUCGUCCAUCUAAAUCCCACGGAGCAUCGCCACUGCACCU